AUGGAACAGAUGGGGUACCUGUGGGUUCGCCUCGGGGAGCACCACAUCUGGCGGUGGGAGGGUCCGGAGCAGCUGUUCCGGGUCACAGACUUCUUCCCCCACCCCGGGUUCAACGGAGACCUCAGUGCCCAAGACCACAACCAUGACAUCAUGCUGAUGCGCCUGCCCAGGCAAGCACACCUGGGUCCUGAAGUGAUGCCCCUCAACCUCAGUGAGACCUGUGCCUCCCCAGGCACCCAGUGCCUCAUCUCAGGCUGGGGGGCUGUGUCCAGUCCUAUAGUAGAGUACCCGAAAACCCUGCAAUGUGCCAACAUCAGCAUCCUAGAGACCAACCUCUGCAGCAGGGCAUACCCAGGCCACAUCACCAAGAGCAUGCUAUGUGCCGGCCUCUGGGAGGGCGGCCGAGGCUCCUGCCAGGGUGACUCUGGAGGCCCCCUGGUUUGUGAUGGGACCCUGGCCGGUGUAGUGUCUGGGGGCUCAGAGCCCUGCUCCAGACCCCGGCGCCCCGCCGUCUAUACCAGCGUAUGCCACUACGUGGACUGGAUCCGAAAGACCAUGGAGGAAAACUGA